AAUUUAAUUAAAAUUAGGGACCAAACUUUUAUUAUCAGAAAAAGGGUUUAGUUGGGCCAAACUUUUCCAACUGACCCAGAUCUUCAUCUCAUUUCUCUCUCGUAAUAAAUCAACCUUCUGAAAGAAUUUGAGAUCUCUUUAUGCCAAAAUAUCAAUGAUACACUUUGUGCUCCUCAUUAGUCGUCAAGGGAAGGUCAGACUCACAAAAUGGUAUUCACCUUAUACUCAGAAGGAAAGGAGUAAGGUAAUCCGUGAGCUUAGUGGAGUGAUUCUUAGCCGUGCUCCCAAGCUCUGUAACUUUGUAGAGUGGAGAGGACAUAAAGUUGUUUAUAAAAGGUAUGCUAGUCUGUAUUUCUGUAUGUGUAUUGAUGAUGAAGACAACGAAUUGGAAGUCCUUGAAAUGAUUCAUCAUUUUGUGGAGAUUCUUGAUCGGUAUUUUGGCAGUGUCUGUGAACUCGACUUGAUAUUCAACUUCCAUAAGGCCUAUUAUAUACUUGAUGAACUUCUAAUUGCUGGUGAGCUUCAGGAGUCGAGCAAAAAAACUGUUGCCCGGUUGAUAGCUGCACAGGAUUCAUUGGUGGAGAGUGCUAAGGAGGAAGCCAGUUCCUUGAGUAAUAUUAUCGCACAAGCCACUAAGUGAAGAGAUUCAAUGUUGCAAUUGUUGCCAUUUUUAGGAAUGAAGAAAUGUUUGGCGCGAUUAAAGUGUGAACUUAUAGUUUAUGUCUAUGUUGCACCUCUAUUGUUGUUAUGUUGAAUUUGUAAAAUAGAAAAGAAAGAAAAAAACUAAGUUCUGACAAGAAUAUUUCAUCUUGAUUUGCAUUGCAAUUCUCCUUAGUUAGAGGGAUGUGGAGAAACUAUUGUUGUUGAUGUUGAUUCUGUUGCAGUGCAAUUCUCAUGGUUAGAUAUUUCAUGUUUGUAUACAUGUGUGACCUGUAUAUUUGUGUUGUUGAUAUAUUUUCUUGAUGAUGUUGAGGAAUACUUUUAUUUUGUACAA